AGCUUUGCCAGCAGUUUAUAGACAGAAACUCCAUUUAUUCAACAAGCCAUUUCAGAGUGCACAGUCUCAGAAAACAGGGAUGCUACUUGAAGUUCUGGAGAACAUCUAAUGCUUCCUGGGGGAUCACAAGGAGGCCUCCUGGUUUGUGAACACCGGGGGACUGUGGCUCACCCCCAGGCCUCACCGACAGGCUGCUGCCUGAGGCACCUGGAGUCACCCCGCGGUGAAGCUCCCGAAAGGAUUGUCCCUGCUUCUCUGGGGACCAGGGACAGGAGGCACCGGCCUGGAGCCGUGCCAGGGGAAGUAUAGGUCGGAUUUUAGAGAAAGGUUCUUCACCCAGAGGACGGAUGGACACUGGAACAGGCUCCCCAGGGAAGCAGUGACAGCACCAAGAAGCGUUUGCACAACGCUCUAAAGGCACAGGGUGUGAUUUUUGAGGCUGACCUGCUCAGGGCCAGGAGCUGGACUUUGAUGAUGUUUGUGGGUCCCUUCCAGCUCAGAACAUUUUGUGAUUCUGUGAUUCUUCCAGGCGGCCUGAGGAGGAGCCUGGGCGCACACGCCAUGGGGAGAACGAGCCCUCGCGUCCCGCGGCCGAGCCGCACGGAGGCGGCUGGAGGCUCUGGGGCGCUGCGCCGCCGCGGCCGGGCCCGGUAGGAAGCGGAAGAGCCGGCGGCGGCGGGAGCGGGCCGGGAGCCGCCGGAACACCCGGGGGCCGCCCCCCCGCGAGGGGCGGGCUGAGGGCAGCCGAGCCGGAGCGGCGCCGGGCCGGGGCUAUGCUGCUGCGCCUGGUGCCCGAGUUCGAGCUGCGGAGGGACGUGGUGCCCUGGCUGGCGGAGCGGGGCUGCCCCGCCGCUCUAGAUACUUCUGAGAAUUCAUCAGCACUCUAUGUUGUAAAUGUUGAAAGAAAUGGAAAAGUUAUUUAUACCUGGAAAGGAAAGCAGAGAAGCACUCACAUUGGAUUGUAUGAUCUUCAAACUAAACAAAACGAGCACCUCUAUAUGUUUGAGAAGAAUCUGCACAUAAUCAGCUGUUCAAUCAACAAUGAAAGAACCUUACUGGCAGUCAGCUUCUGUCAAUAUACAGAGGAAGAAAGAGCAAGUCAGCUCUUACAGUCAGUAUCCAAGUAUUUAACCUUGCUAAUCGAAAUUCAUCCCAUUAAUAAUGUGAGAGUCCUAAAGGCUGUGGAUAGCUGUGUUCGAGUACAGUUCCUUUACCCAGUUGAAGGCAGAAAUGCUUCUAGAGAAAGUCGUCUCUUGCUAGUUUCAGAAGAUAAAUAUAUUGAACAAUUUGACAUUCAUGUUGUUGCAGAAGAAGAACACAAAGUGGUGAUUCAAAAGUCAGGUCAGCUUCCAAGAGCCAAAGUUGUAGAUGACCUCGUUUGGGCACAGUGGGAUAUGAUGGAGCAAAGACUCUUCUACAUUGUUCCAAAGGAAUCAAAGAGUACUUUAAAGUGUGUCCAGUUUUAUCCUGAUGAAAAUUUUAACUCAAUACUGGAAUCACACCUGGAUAUUGCUGUAAAUGAUACACAAUUAAAACUUGUGAAUUUUGGAUAUGAUUACUGUCAAGAUCAAGAUGUUGCAUCUAAAUCUUUGAACCUUCAGGUUUUCACAAGUAAAGCAGGAGGCUUGUGUGUGUGUAGUCUAGUCUCUGAUACUCCUCAUGAGAUCAUAUACUCCAUAUAUUUUUUACAUAAAGGUUACAACAAAACUUUUACAGUUUCUCUAGAAAGAACAGAAUCUCAUCAAUUGAAGGAAGUGGCUUUUAUGAAUCUUGACUAUUAUGUGGCUGCUUAUUUGCCUGGCCAGUUCCUGCACCUCCUGAACGUUCAACAUCCUGACCUGCUGUGCUAUAGCUUAUUUCUGACAGGUGAGGAUGCCAGAAUCAGCACACUACAGAACUGCUCCAUCCGGUGCCCAUGGGUGUCAGCAGUCCUGGAUUGCGACGCAGGAAGUCUGUACAGUGUGAGCAUCAGUGACAGGGCCUUGCUGCAGCUCCUGCAGGAGAGCAAACGAGACUGUGAGAGAUUGGCAGCUCUGCAUUGUGCCCUGCUCUACUUCCAACACACAGGAGACUUGGAAAUACAGAUUAUUCGGUGGAUUUCUGAGAACCUGUCAACAUGUCAUUCUUUUGACCCCAUUCAAGAAUUUAUCAUUGCCUCCCUGUACUGCAGAAUGUGUCCAGAAACUCAGAACCUGGAUAAACUCCUGCCCUACACAUCAUUGCAUGACUGGACUGGGGUUGUUCCUGGAGUAAUAUGUGCCACAGACAUUAUUUCUCUACCUGUGUUAGAGUUCCAAAACUCCAAAGGCUUCUGGGAGAAACUGAACUCAAACUUGGAGAGUGUGAAGUAUGCAGAGCCACACCUGCACUACCACAGUAACAUGCUCAGGAGGGAAUGGCAGAACCUUUCAGAAGAGAGAGAGGAGAGAAGAAACACAGCAUAUUUGAGGAAUAUUUUUGAAAAUGCCAAAAAGGUGCUUUCUCAUCUGGACACUUGGGACUCUGAGGCGAGGCUGGUCCCUCUCUUUGAAGAGGAGGAUUAUCAGCAGCAGUUGCUUAUGGGACUGAUGGUUGCUCAGCUGAAGGAUCACCUUAUGAGACAUCUACAAUAUGUUGGAAAAAAGAAGAUUGACCAAAUAGUUUUGGAUUACGUUGCAAACCUGCUGAAUCUGGUGCAUCGAAUAAUGAAAGAAGUUUGGAGAAGAUACCAGCUUCAUUCCUGUAUCUUCUGCUUUGAUGAGAGAGGAAGUGCAGGAGAGUUUGCAGUGUUCCACGUCAUGAGUCGGAUUCUGGAAGCAGCAAAUGGCAUGUGCAUGCCUUUACCUCCUGGUUUUCACACUCUGCACCUGGGUCUUGGUGUUCGGUGUCUCCCUCUGCACACCCUCCUGCAUUAUAUUGACAACGGGAUCUUGCAAUUGACAGAAACGUGUGUCAGGAAACUGCUGAAAGAUCUGGAUGACACUGAACAGAAUGAAAAGCUGAAGUUUAGCAUUGUCAUGAGGCUUCCAGAGGCUCUUGGCCAAAAGGUCCGCCAGUACUGGAAUCAUCCGAUAAAUGCCAAUUUUAUAGCACGGAAAUAUGUGAAACUUUUGCUCGAGAAGCUGGGAAAUAGGCAGUGCAGCAGGCCGAUCCCUGAGACACUCUCCAUGCCCGUGGAGUUUUUGCCACUGAACUACCUGACUAAUAUGCUGGCAGAGAUAGAGAGUCAAGGUGUGCAUCCAUAUGAAAAACAAGACCAUGUAAAUGCAAGAUUUGUAGAGGAAACAGCACUCAAGCACACUCUGGCACUUCUGGGCCUCAAGUAUUCCUGAAAUAACACGCUGUUGAAAAAGGCUGUCAAAGUGUGGU